AUGACAAUAACUGCUUUCAUCUGGGCUCUAUCUUGUACCUUUUUACUGAAAGAAUUCGAAAUGGAUUAUGGUCGAGAAAGUGGAAACGUUGUCCAGAUAAUCACCGGAGGGUCAAGAAACGGCGGUGAUUAUUGGGGGGAUCAACCCGUAUGGGCAACUGAAGAUGAAUAUGGUGUUUGGGAUAGAGAAGCAUCCAUUGAUAACACUUCUAAUUCCAAUUACGAUGGAAGACAAUCACAAACAAGAUCCGGAAGCGAUACACCAAACAAGAAAAGAAAUGGUCAAGGAGGUGAUGCACAAGCCACAAGUCGAUCAAAAGCAAUUGGAAAAAUGUUUUUCAAAACAAAAUUAUGUUGCAAAUUCAGAGCAGGAACUUGCCCUUACAUUACAAACUGUAAUUUUGCACAUAGCAUUGAAGAACUGAGACGUCCUCCACCAAAUUGGCAAGAAAUUGUAGCUGCUCAUGAGGAAGAAAGGGCAGUUUCGUCCGAACCAAGAGAAGAAUUUCAAAUUCCAUCACUCGGGUCGUCUAGUUUUACAGUUGAUAGUCAAAGAUCUUAUAAAGGAAGACACUGUAAGAAGUUUUAUACUGAAGAAGGGUGUCCUUAUGGUGAUAACUGCACGUUUCUUCAUGAUGAGCAAUCUAAAGCUCGUGAAAGUGUUGUAAUAAGCUUAGGUCCUGGAUCUGGUAGUGGGUAUGGUGGGGCAGGCGGCAGCAUUGGUGGUGGUGCUGUAGUUGUAGUAGCCGGUGGUGGCGGUGGUGGUGGUGGUGGUGGACCCGAGGCGGCUGGAUCAAACUCCAUGUUGAAGCCUUCGAAUUGGAAAACAAGAAUAUGUAACAAGUGGGAACAAACAGGGUAUUGUCCAUUUGGGAGCAAGUGUCAUUUUGCUCAUGGUGCUGCAGAACUGCAUCGAUAUGGUGGGGGGCUUGUUGAUAUAGAAGCUAAAGAUUCUUUGAGUUCAAUGGAUCCAAAUAAUAAUAAUAAUAAGCAAGGGGUAAUUUCGUCCAAAACACCUGCUGAAUCUGUAGUGGCUGCUGCUGGUCCUUUAGAUGGUUACCAUGUUGGGGUUCCUUCGCAGCGGUUGCCUGGUGUUAUUCCGAGGACUGGACAGAGACCUUUUCAAAAGUGGAAGGGCCCCGAUAAGAUUAGUCGUAUCUACGGGGACUGGAUUGAUGAUAUUGAAUAAGUUUGGGGGGGGCAAAGUUAAUAGACUUCGCUAAUGUUAUUGUGCUUGUUUUUCUCUAUGUUUAGCUUUUGUAUGGAUCUUUGAAUGCUCUUUCAUUGAAAUGUUUCGGGUA